AUGGACAAAAUAUUUCGUUUUGACGAGCAGGAAUUUGUGAGCAAGCCUGUUGUGUUGAGGAAAUUUUUCGAAGAUGCUCUGCGCGAGCGUGAUUCCAUGCAGUUCUUUGGAGCAUACAUGGGAGAGAAGAAUGCUUGGCGGAGCAAAUUUAUUCCUUGGUUGCGGAGUAUGAAUCUUGUUGAUGAUUCAGCAUUGAUUGAUAUUCGGUUACUAGUUCAUAAGGUAGCGAGAUCAUGUCGUCAUCCAACCAAGCAGUACUGCUAUGAUAAGGACGGUGGUCGUUCGUAUUCGCAACUCGAUAAAAGAACACGCUUUCGUAGCGUUAAUAUACUGCAAGAGUUGAACGCGAAGCGUAAGAAUCCGCAGUAUAAAUCUAUCUCUUUACGCUCUAUGUUAUAUGACAAAUAUGAUCCAUACGUGUUUGUUCAACGUGCCCAUCAGUAUUCCUUGACUGCUCUUUCAACUCACCAGCUGUCGUUCUACAAUCCUUAUGAAGACAUGUGUUGUCAGCCAAGUAAUGACAUAAACUCUUUUCGCAAAGCUGAAGAUGUUCCAAAUCAAAGCAAUGGAUUCUAUGUCGGAUCAUCUAUCUCGAACGCUAAUAGUGUAGAAAACCUGCAACCUGGUUGGAGCCUUUGCAACGAGAUCGAUGAUUUCUUUUCCUAUACGACCGUUCCAUGCCAAAAUUCUUUCACUGUCUUGGGGAAUACGUGUGAACCACAAAAUAAUCCUUCGACUAUCAUUGCACCAAUGGCUCAACAUGUUUCGCCGCUUCCGAGAAAUGGAAUUGAAGGGCAGGAAUUUGCAGCUGUUCAAGAUUAUAGUUUUAAAUCUGAAAAAGUUGACUUGAAAGUGGAGGACUGCUUUGCUGUGGAAGGAGCAAGUUUUGCAGCCUCUGCACCUCCGUUCGUUAGAAAAGUGGAGAAUGAAGUCGUAAUUAUAAAGCAAGAGGAACCGGAGGCGUGUAAGUUUUUUUUGUCUUAUGGCAAUAUUUAG